AUGCGUUUCCACAGGUUGUUUCGAGUUCCGCAGCUAAGUGGCAAAAGGUUUAAUUCCAGCUCGAUGUACGUACCAGCCCACGAACCAGCACUGGAAAGCGAUUGCCGUCGGUUGGAACAGUUUCUGCAAGACAAACCACACAUCCUCGUACUGACCGGAGCGGGCAUAUCGACCGAGUCCGGCAUUCCCGACUACCGAUCGGAAGGUGUCGGUUUAUACGCCCGUUCCAACCACAAACCGAUACAGCACGGUGAUUUUGUUAAGUCGGAAGCCACCCGGAAACGGUACUGGGCACGAAACUACGUCGGAUGGCCACGGUUUUCUUCGAUUGCACCAAACGUUACACACUAUACGCUGGCACGAUUAGAGCGUGAGGGACGGAUAAGUGGGAUCGUAACACAGAACGUGGACCGUUUGCAUGGGAAGGCUGGCUCGAAAGAGGUAGUGGAACUGCACGGUAGCGGGUACGAUGUGAUCUGUGUAGGGAACCAGGAUGAGCGGGGCAAGGGAUGUAACUAUCGUAUCGAUCGGCACGAGUUUCAGCGCAUACUGGACCAGCUUAAUCCGGCGAUGGAAGAUAAAUCGACCAUGAUGCGACCGGAUGGUGAUGUGGAACUUUCGAUGGAGUAUGUGCAAGGAUUUAAAAUACCACCCUGUCCACAGUGUGGCGGUAAUUUGAAGCCGGAAAUUGUAUUCUUCGGCGAUAAUGUGCCCAUGCCGCGGAUAGAGAAAGUCGUACGGAUGAUCAUCGAAUCGGACGGUGUGCUGGUGCUCGGAUCCAGCUUGACGGUGUUCUCCGGCUAUCGCAUAGUGUUGCAGGCGAAGGAACUGGGACUUCCGGUUGCAAUUGUUAAUAUUGGCACAACGAGGGGUGAUCCCAAGGCGGAUCUUAAGAUUUCGGCCAGAUGUGGCGAAAUUAUGUCGAAUCUUUUCAAGUCGAACAGAUAGUGA